AUGGGAGACAACCACCUUGCAUCUAGAGCUAGGGAGCUCUUCCACCUCAAGGGACAGAAGGAAUGCGAGAAACCACAGCUGAGAGAAAUACCAAAGUCUCCAUGGCCAUGCAUGGACGCCAGCUCCCUGACAGCGGGGCCGUCUGGGAAAGUCCAACAAGCAGUGCCCAGGAUUUAUCUGGGGAAGGUGUGCCAGCUGCCAGCCGAGCCGUUCCUGAGCGCCCAAGCAGGAACGCUGAGUGAGCCAGACAGGCAAUUGCCAAAAGGGGGCAAGAGGACAAGAAAGAAGCAGCCCAAAAAGGGCGGGAGGCUGGAAAGGGGUGAGAGGCAGAAAAAAAGGCUGGGAAGCCGACAGGAAAUUAAAGGCCAAAAAGAGGUGGAGGCUGACAAAAGAGGCCAAAAACGGGUAGAGAUGGAAAAAAAAAAAAAAAAAGAGGCUAAAAAAGGGUGGAAGAUCGAUAAAGGGAUGGGAAGCCAUCAGAAAGCAGAAACCAAAAAGGGAUGGGAGGUCAACAAAAAAGCAGAGGACGAAAAGGAAUGGGAGGCUGAACAAGGGAAGCUGGUGCCUCUGGUCUGGUCCCGUUGGGCGCUGUCUGGGCGCGCGGCUGAUCCCGCCCUUGUCAAGUACCUUCUGCUGCAGACUGAGGAAUCGCAGAUCUUCCGCCUGAAGCCUCCCUAA